UAAAAAUAAAGAAACACUUGAAUGAGUAGGUGUGUCCAAACUUUUGACUGGUACUGUAUAAUAAAUGUUCUAACAAAAUGUCCAUAUCAACAAUAAAAAUGAUUGAAAAUGCAGUUCAAAAUGUCAGUCUCAAAUGAAAUUCUAGCUAGAUAAAUAAAAUGCUUCAGUUACAUACUCUACAUGUAUUUUCAUUCAACAGUAGCCUAUCCCACAAAUUGCAAGGAAAAUGUGUUUUGGCCGAUCUUUCCUUGUAAAUGAAGUGUAUUCAUCUGUCUUUUAGGGUGAACCUCUCAGUGACAGCGUUGUACGGCCAAGGAUAAUAAAAUUAUCAAACCUGGCUUUUGUCCAAAGUGUUGUAAAACAUUCCUCUGAUCUCUGAUCGGCUGUCUUAUAUACAAUUAUGUAGACACGCCCAAAUGUGCAGAGCUUACCCACAAAUGUUUAGGCAAUACGCAUGCACAACCUAUGAAAUAGUCUCAAUGCAACAAAUGAAGCUAGGCAAAGCAGUGAUUUCUUUUGCGUACCCUGUCCUUCCCAUGGAAAUAAUAAUGUUGCUAAAGGAGAUGGCUGCCGUUUUACGAUCUCGUAGCCAAUUGUGCUAUUGUGUAUGUUUUUUUGCAUUAUUUGUAACAUAUUUUGAACAUAAUGUUUCUGCCACCAUGUCUUAUGACCGAAAAGAGCUUCUUGAUAUCAGGGCAGCGAUUACUCACCCCGUACUGGAGGAAUUCUUCUUCAACGAGUCGGACGGGGAGGAUUUACUUCGGACGCCCAACAGGGCCCUCAUCCCCGUCAUUCUCAGGAGGAAAAGACGGAGAUAUGGUGGAUGACUGUCCGAGUGCUUUGUAAGGAUCCAUCGCCGAGAGGGGUUCCUUGGCUGUAUCGGAUGGUCCACCAGGCUCACCACCAGAACCGGAUUACCUUUGCCCUGACUGCCCAGGAUGCCAGCCCGGCUGAGCUCCUCUCCCUGCAGGUGCUGGCCCUGACCAGUGCCUGGGUGGUGGGCUGCCACCCUUUGAGCGAGGCCCUGUUCCACCUGCUCAACACCUGGCUGGCCGUAGAGGACCACUGUGGUUAUGACCUGCCCUGGGCCCUCCAUAGACUGCUGCCCUGCUUCGGAGGGGCCCCCUUCCACCAGGCACACCACCACGUCUACAGGGGGAACUACGCCCCCUACUUCAGGCACUGGGACUGGCUUUGUGGGACCUACCUGAGGGUAAGGGAGGAGGCUGGGAGGAAACAUGGAGGGAGGACAAUGAGAAGGAGGAGGAGGAGGAAAAGCCUGGGGUCUGACUGUGUUUGUAUGUGCGCGUACAACAAAGCUUAAAUCACAUCAGGAGACCACUUUUGAGGUGUGAGGAAGAAAAUACAACUUUAUAUUUUGCAGGUUUUAGUUCCCCUUUUAAUUUUAAUUGAGCACAUCAAGAGACUGGUUUUUGGCUGGCAGUGUUUCUGUACUGCAUGUGCAAUAGCAGAGUUUGCUAAUCAAAAUACCCCUCGAUUUGAUACAAUUCAUUCUACCAGGUAAGCCUACUUUGCAGUUAACAUUUCAUUUGGAAAGUUUACUGGAAGGCCUUUAGAAAUGACUGUUUCUGCAAUGUUAACUGACUUUCCUAGUUAAAGUUUAAAUGUAAAAAAAUAUAUAUAAAAAAAAUUGUACUGGCUGCACAAAGUGGUAGACACAGGCAUUCCCAUGCCAUUGCAUCUUCAGAAAGUUGCAAUAAAUACAAAUCACAGAUGCAUUAUUUAAUAUUCUUUACAUGUCGGCUUUGGAUUGAACCAAUCUGUGCUUGCUUUUUCCUCUAUGGCACUUCGAUUUUUUUAUAUUUUUUAAAUGUAACAUUCAUUUAACUAGGCAAGUCUGUUAAGAACAAAUUCUUAUUUACAAUGACGGCCAAACCCGGACGACGCUGGGCCAAUCGUGUGCCUCCCUAUGGGACUCCCAAUCCCGGACAGUUGUGAUACAGCCUGGAUACAACUUGGUAAAACAGCCACACAGUGAAGCCUCAACUAGCUCUCACAGUCUCACGUCAGAAUUAGACAUUCGUCCAUGUUUCUCAAACAAAACUUUUUGAAGUUGUUGCAAAUUUCAAAGUGUUUAAGGUUAAGUUUAUGCAUUAACUCCGAAAUCUUAAGGUUAGGCAUUAACUCUGAGUGGUUAAGGUUUGGGAUAGGCUUAAAACAAAAAUCUCAAACAACUUUCUGUUGCUGGAUUCGAAUUUGCAUCCUACAGAAUCAGAGGCUUGUCGUGGAAAUAAGUCACUCUGGGUUCAUUCUGUUGUUAUCUGCACGUGGGUGAUGUCUUCACCCCUCCCUGGCUUAGUUUCCCAGAUGCAAGAAUGAUUUAGAGACAAUGAGGAAUUGUUCUAAACUCCUCCUGGUUACACCAACCACAUAUUUUCUAUGCAAUGCAGUCUUUAACUCAUUUGUCAACUCAAGCCAUCUCUGGUGACCAUACGCCCAGAUUAGCUGCAGGGAAUUAGAGUGGAGACCAAAAAAACACAGACACUAACAGGACAGAAAUAUCCUAUUUGUUAAGUAUUAAUAUCUAACUAUUAAUAUCAAACAAAUCAGGUAAACAAGUAAUUUUUCUAUCACAGGCUUCAGAGACAAUAAGAAUAAUGCAUUUUAUUUGGAAGAUGCCUUUCAGGACACCACCAAAAAAUCUAGUGCUGUACAUAAAAUCAAUUCCAUUCAUGAAUUCAAA